CCCGCCCCCUCCGUACUUUUCAAGCAGACAGUUAAGGGGAAAAACAGAGAAACAAAGAAAGCGAGACUGUACUGCAAGUGGACGGAUGUGACAAAACCAUUAUCAUACAAUUUCAUCCAAUUGGUUUCAUAAUUGAAAACGCACCGGUUUGCAAAUGGAAUUUUAAUCCUUGAUAACUUCUCCACUAUUCAUGUAGCCUAACAACACUUGGCCGAAUUGAGUAAAUGUAUUUUGGCAUGGUGUUGCUCGUUUUCGUGUGCUACAGCUCCAUGUGAUUAGAAACCUGCUAUGGAGGACCUCUUUAGUCAAAAUGAAUCUGACCACUGACGAUGCGGCACAUUUAUGGGGAAAUUAUUCCUUAUUGGAACAAUACGACACAACAGUGGGGACGCCGUGGUUGUCAGAGUCGCCUGGUGAAGUGGACCUUACCCGUGCCAUCCCGCUCGGCUUCGUCCUGGGGGCUUUCAUCGUGUUCGCCAUUGUGGGCAACAUCCUCGUCAUUCUGGCGGUGAUGACCAAUAGGCACCUGCGGACCCCGACCAACUACUUCAUUAUAAACCUGGCCAUCGCUGACCUGCUGCUGGGCACCACAGUGCUGCCGGUGUCUGCCACCCUGGAGAUCCUUAACUACUGGGUGUUCGGCCGGAUCUUCUGUGACAUCUGGGCGGCAGUGGAUGUUUUGUGCUGCACAGCGUCCAUCAUGAGCCUGUGCGUAAUUUCUAUCGACCGUUACAUCGGGGUGAGCCACCCGCUGCAGUAUCCGAGCAUAGUAACCGAGAAGCGGGCACUGCUGGCCAUGCUUGGGGUGUGGGUGCUCUCGGUGGUCAUCUCCAUUGGACCCCUCCUCGGGUGGAAGCAGCCGCCGUCGCCGGACAACACUGUGUGCCUCAUCACCGAGGAACCGUUUUACGCAUUAUUUUCCUCCCUCGGUUCCUUCUAUAUACCACUGGUGGUUAUCUUGUCCAUGUAUUUUAGGGUUUAUGUAGUCGCCAAACGCACAACCAAGAACUUGGAGGCCGGGGUGAUGAGGGAGAGGAUGAACACGAGUGAGCUCACGCUCAGGAUCCACAAGGGAUCUCAGGUGCAGGAUGACAGCAGCAGCACUGGGAAGGGCCGUGCAAACCAGGCAAGGAGCUCCCUGACGGUGAAACUUCUGAAAUUCUCCCGGGAGAAGAAAGCAGCGAAAACGUUGGGAGUCGUGGUUGGCAUGUUUACGCUUUGUUGGCUGCCGUUCUUCCUUGCGUUACCCAUUGGGUCUUUCAAUCCAGACUUCCGCCCUCCUGAGACACUGUUCAAGGUGAUCUUCUGGCUGGGCUACUUCAACUCCUGUCUCAACCCCAUAAUCUACCCCUGCUACAGCCGAGAGUUCAAACUGGCCUUCAUACGCAUCCUCAGAUGCCAGUGCCACCAUAGGAGACGCCCAGGCUGGCAUGCCUACAACUACCGUACCUCCCACUUCAAUUCCGCCAGCCACUCACGAAAGAGCUCGGCUGAGUCUGGCCACUCACAGAAGAACCCUGCCUGCCUCAACGGGAGCCAGCGCACCCUGUCCUCCUCAGCCAGCCCUAGCCCGAGCUACCUGCUGGCUUGCCCAGAGGGGGAGGCCCUCUACACCUGCUGGGCCUCCGCCACCUCCAGGUCGCCCUCCUUGCUGCCUGGGAGUCCUGCUAGCUGCAAGCUGGGAACACUGAGGGGGGGUGUAGGGAGUGGAGGGAGCCAUGGGGGGAUGUCUCACAGGGAGUCUGGUCAGGGGGUGUUCUUGUUCCCCUGUGAGGGGCAGAACGGGGAGUGUGGAGGGGACAUACCUGAGGAUAAGGUGUCUAUUAGUCUUACAGACUCAUGAGUUGUUGUUGAAUGAUUCCUGAUGGGGAUUUGAAUCAUGUUUAGUCCCUGACUGAUGAUGGGGAGUGAUGUAUGGUUCCAUUCACUGUCAGUGGUUCAAGUCAAGUGAUCCUCGAACGGUCAAUGGUUUCGUAUUGUUGGUAUGGGAAAUGGUUGAAGAUGCCCUCUGCUGUAUGUUAGCCGGCUUUACUGAGCAUCAGGAUCAAUCCAGCAUCUGUUAAAUCGAACUAUCACUAUCACUGUCAGAGGAAAACAAUUACAGAUGAGGCUGUACUGUAUUUCUCAGGCAAUAGUGAAGUAAUGUGAUAAGCCACAAACUGUACACUAUGGAUUUGACAGAAACAAAUUCAUGACACCUUGGGACUACGUGUGCAACUGCACCCUAAGCUGUCAUCCUUCCUCUUUCAGUUUAUCCUGAUCUGUGAAUGCCUCUUCUCUGCUGGGUCUGUGGACAGUCAGAGAAUGGGUUUGUGUUACAUGUAAAGAUCUGAUGAUCACUUUUCUGUUACUGUCACUUGAUAUCUGUAUGUAAUGUUUGUGUAAAUAAAGUAUAACCUGGUUAUUUAGUGUACUCAUCAUAAAUCUAGUGGUUAAAAAGAUCAAGGGAAAAAAAGAGUGUAGCGGGAACAUAGAGGUGUGCUUUGAUUUAAGAGGAGAUUAUAAAACCACUGUUACACGCACUACUCCAUCUAUGAAAAAUGUGAUACACUCCAUAAAUAAAUGUAUUUUCAAACAUUACUCAAACAGUCAUUCAUAUGUCAAAGAUACUGUAUAUAGCGUACUUAGAUUAAGGGCUUGAUUCAAGCCGUAGCGUGGAAGAACUGUGUUGUAGCACGCUUGACAUUUAAGGUCAUUUCCAAUUGAGCCAACAUUUGCAGCGGUUACUGUGAAUGCAGUCUUGCGAGCGCGGUAAUGUUGCCUUUAAUUGUAAAUCGGGCUACAGCGCAGAUCCAUCGCGGUACCUAUUGAAUAGAGCCCUUAACACUGCAACUGUCGUAUGCCAAUGGCCACUGAUUUUCGACUUUGCAAAUAAAUAAAACAAAUGUCUAUAUUGUA